AAGGUUGCAGUAAAACACGCUCAACAAAGUGGACAACCACAUUAAUAUGACGAAGAAGAAGCAGGAGCAAAAGAACGGGUUUAAAAAUACCUUGACGUCGUUAUCUAAGCUGGAAGGACAGUUUGUGUCGUUUAAGGAACACCAUGGAGGAGCAAAGUACCGAUAUAGAAGUAACAGUCAAGACAUUGGAUUCCCAGAGUAGAACAUAUACUGUCAGUAAUCAGUUGACAGUGAUUCAGUUCAAGGAGCACAUUGCUCCUUCAGUGGGUAUCCCUGUGGACAAACAGAGGCUGAUCUACCAGGGCAGAGUACUACAAAAUGAAAGGACUCUGACAGACUACAAUGUAGGGGGUAAGGUGAUCCACCUUGUGGAACGUGCUCCCCCGCCACCAUCACAGUCUGGCUCUGGAUCAGCAAGCACAUCAGCUGACAGUGGAGUCUCUUCCUCAUCUCCCUCAUCUUCCCAGGGAACAUCCCAAGUCCCUCCACAUGAUCGCAAUGCUAACAGCUAUGUCAUGCUUGGCACCUUCAAUGUCCCCGUCAAUGUCAUGGACCCUCAGCAGAUUCAGAUGUCUGUUCAGCAGAUGGUGUCUGGAUUGGGAGAGAAUGGCAGGAAUGCAAGAGUUACAACCAGUACUGCGAACAACGGGUCAGUAAAUGUCCACAUUGAUAUGGACCAACCAGUGCAUAGUGAGCCUAGACUGAGGCUGGUGCUGGCUGAAAACCUGCUGAGGGACAUCAACAAUGUCAUUCAGAGGAUGGAGAAUCGGUCAAGUGAUGCAUCAUCGCAGACGGAAUCAACUUCUGCAGCUGCUCCUCAUCCUUUUGAAUCCUCUGGCACCUCCACACCCUCUCCUUCUACCCAGCCAAUGGACACUUCCCCACCUCCAUCAACUCCCCCACCUCCACUAACCUCUUCUGCACAGUCUGAGGGACCAACGCCUCAAGCUGGACCUAAUCAUCCCAGUCCAGCUGAGCUUGCAGAGAUGAUGUCUGAGUUGCGGAGGGUUGAAGAAAGAAUGCAGCCCUUCAUUCAGAGAGCGCACACCAUCUUGGAGACAGCCACAACAGCAGAAUACAACAAUAACUCAGAGCGAGCUGAGGACCAGCAUACUUUGGUCUUGGUGUGGGAGUGUCUUCGACUGCUAGGCAAUGCCCUUGUGGCUCUCAGUGACCUGCGAUUGAACCUAAUGAGUCCUGUUCCUCGACACCUACAUGUGGUUAGACCUUUUUCCCACUAUACUACACCUGUCUCCCAUCCUGGAGCUGUACACCACCACAUCCCAGUACAUAUGAACCUGGGUGCCACAGUGACUGUGGCAGCUAACAACCAUGAGGGACAAGCCUCACCCUCCCAGCCGUCCAGCCAUAUGGAGCAGGCAGGUCAGGGACAGACCUCCCCCUUACAGACUUUCCCGGCCAAUCAGCAGGCUGGACAGGGACAGUCUGGCCCUCGGGUCAUCAGGAUCAGCCACCAGGCAGUCCCGGUGGUCAUGAUGCAGAUGAACACGGAUGGCUCUGGUGUGAACCCUACCACAGCUGGACCGCAGAUUCCUGGACAACCAGGUGCUCUUCCUCCAGACUUUAUGAGGAAUGUGAUGCAGCAGAUCAGCCAGUAUGCUGCUGUUGCUGGUAACACAGCCGCUGCUGCAACUGGCCAACCAAUUCCACCUCAGCCCACCCCUCCUGGCUAUGUCUCCACAUCCACCACCUCAACUGCUGCCACAGCUCCAAAUGCACCCACCACUACCCCUACUGCUCCUCCACCACCUCCCCACACUGGGCCCCAACCUCAGGCAAGGGUUGUGUUUACCCAACCCCUUUUUCCAUCCAACAUGCCCCCUCCAACUUUUGGCACACGGACAACAACCAUCAAUGUGAGAGCCGGCAUGCCAGGACAGCAGCCAGGACAGGCUUUCAAUGCUGCCGCCCUCAAUCAGAUCAUUAGUGGACUGGUUGGUCAGCUUUUGCUCCCAGGACAAAUGGCUGGGCCAACUGUCACAUCCUCUUCAUCAUCAUCAUCCUCCUCUUCCUCCACAUCUGUGUCCUCUUCUUAUACAACCUCUUCUUCCACCCCUUUUACUUUCUCCUCUACUGGCCCAACACCAGCUCCUGCAGCAAACACCACAAAUCCACUGAGUCAUCCUCAGACCAGCCCCAACAGUGAGCCACAGCCGCAAGAGGUCAAUCAGCCAGACUUCAGCCAGCUCCUGAGUUCUAUUCUGGGAUUAGGGGGUAUGGCUGGUGCAGGUUCUGUAGGAGCCCCUUCCAUCACUGUGACCACAUCUGGUGUCCCUGACUUCAUUCAGGGAGUGACUGACUUCAUACAACAGGCAUCCCAGCCUGUGUUCUCUUCACCCCCACCUCCUCCUGGUACCUCCUCCACACCCCCUGCAGGCCCGAACCCCACUGCCACAACAACGGAAGCCUUUAACCCAGAACUGUUCACAGGGAUCGUGCGUGGAGUCCUAAGCACCAUGAUGGGCUCACUGGGCCAGACCCAGAACGACACGGAGAGCAUCGCCCAGUUCAUGCAGAGGCUUUCUCAAGCAACCAACAUCUUCAUCAGCUCUGAGGAUCCCACCGGAUUUUUUGGAGAGUUGCUGAUGUUGGUCUGCCAGACAUUUACUAUGUCAGACCUGGUGGUGCUGCUACAUGGCCAGCAUCAACCUUUGAGCCGCAUUCAACCACAACUAACCCAGUUCUUCAACCAGAACUACCUCGGUGGCAGGGAGCCCACUGAUCAGAACAUUGCUGCUGCUGCUGACAGUAUUGUUAAUGAACUAGAGGAGUACAUCACUGAGAGCUUUAGAGAAUCAUCAGUCACAGUUUUGGAGGACAUUGACGUAACACAAACCAACAUGUCUUUCUUCAGACAGCAGCUGACGCGUAUUGCCACACACAUUCUGCGCUGCACUGAUGAAACAUUUGGGCCCCGCUUGCUCCAGAUGUGUGACCGUGCGCUGUUUGAGUGUCUUGCCCUCAACCUGCACUGCCUGCGAGGAGACCAGAGAGCUCUCACUGCUGUCAUCAACCACCGGAUACGGCGAAUGUCCAGUGACAUCAGCCCCAGCUUGGUCAACUGGAUGACAAGCAUGAUGACGAUGAGGCUGCAGGUCAUUCUGGAGCACAUCCCUGUCACACAAGAGCAAAUUCAAAACUACAUAGUUCCCUUACAGAGAGAUCAGUCUUUUGCAUUGGGCACACAAGAGUCUGAACAGGCACAGAGUGCAGCGACUGAGGAGGACACCCUCUCACCAGCUGCAGCCACUACAGCAGAGGAGGCCAUGUCUGUGACACAGGAGAUUAGGGCGCCAUCCAGAGAUGUGCGGGUGCUGCCGGGGGACUUGGGAACUUCUGGGGGAGCUGCACCAUUAGGUGGCGUCAUGGCAGCAGCAGGAGCUGAGGGAGGAAGUCAGUCUGCUGGAGAAUCAGAAACCUGGGCAGCUGCUGUUCCCCCUGAGUGGGUGCCCAUCAUCAGAUGUGAUCUGCUCACUCAGAGGAAGAUGAAAGCUCAGCCACCGCUGUCUGAUGCCUAUUUACACGGCAUGCCAGCUAAGCGCCGGAAGACUGGACAGGGUGGAGGAAGCCUCUUGUCGCUCUCUGAUGCAGUGAGUCAAGCAGCCCGGACGGUAGAAGUGAAGCCCAUCACGGGCGCCGAGCACAUCCAGGAGGAGCUGGACACGCACGAGCUGAAGGAAGCUUAUGCAGAACAGGUUAAAUCGGAUCUCAAGAAGCGCGUGAGAGAAGACCCGGAUUUCAACUCUCAGCAGUUUCCCAAUGCACACAGAGCUUUCUUUUCAGACUCGUGAUCUGGUUUUAGCUUCAGCCCACAGAUGAACUGUCAGUGUUUUACUUUUUUUUUUUUUUAUCCCAUUUUGACUACGAUUAAUUACAGCUUCAUUCCAAAACUUUUCCAAACCAUUUUGACUCCCUCUCGACUCGUUGCUAAUGUGACUACUGUCCUCGUGUCUAUUUAUUGCUUGCAUCAAAAUUCAGUUUAAUUAAAUAUGGUCCUUUUGAUUCUGUUUGGAUACAUUUGUAUGUCUUUCUUUUUUUUUUUUUUUUUUUGUGACACUGUGCUGAUGUUAUAUUUGGUAAGGACACGUUGAUACAGGUAUCUGCACAGAUAAUUAUUUUUAUUUUUAGUAUAUGAGCCAAUCCGCACGUACACUGAUGGAAAGUCAUCUUCAUUGUUGAUGCAGCAUGAGGCUGAGCAGCAUCUCACUGAAGAAAAUAUGUAUAAAUAUAAGUUACUGCUGACAUCCACCUCCUGAACAUGCCUAAUAAAAUCAUUUUAAACUGAAG